UUGAACUCGGAAUGGACGCCUAACCAAAUAAGCGCUCAUUGCAUACCGCCCGCGCCGUCUCCGGACUGAAUAAUUUUUCGACGGUAGGAGGCGACUAGCGCACAAGUGUUCCGACCAUGCGUGCUUGCGUUAGGCUUCGCGUGGUUUUCGUGGACGUCGGUAUCCUGAGCGGAUCGCAGAGGCGACGAGGGCUGCAAAAGUGCUGGCUCCAACUCCGGCCUGAUAUCGUCACCAUCGCCGACCUUGUUGCUCACCUUCAAGUCACCUUCGGUCUCCAUAGCUCCUGUCCUCAUGGGCUCAUUAUCUCCAUAGAUGGUUUUGUUUUGCCAUCUUUUGAAUCAGUUUGCAUUCUUAAGAAUGAGGAUGUAAUCAUGAUAAAAAAGAAUGGUGUUAUGUUCCAGGAUGUUGUAAAGUUUUGUGGUAGUCAUAACCAGGAACAAAUUCUUCAAAGCAGACAAACUUCAGCUUUUAACAAUAUGAACCUGGCCAGUAUGGAUCCUCAACUGGAUUCACAAGGAGAUCAAAAUGAUACGGUUCUUUCUAUUAGGGGCACAAUCCAUAUUGAAACUUCAAGUAAAAGAAUGAAAGAAAACGGCAAGAGAAAACGUUCUAAUAAACUUCAGGGCUCAAAUAAUACUUUGGCUGGUAAAAAUUCUCAACGAGAUUCACUAGGAGAUGAAGAGAAUGUUGGUCUUCAUGGAAAUAAGGCACGCAAGGAAAACACUUCAAAUGAAAUGGUGAAAGCAAAGCGCAAGAAAAAAAUCUCUGGUGAACUUCAAACUACAGAUACUUCAGCAAAUAGGGAUUUUCAAGCAGAUUCACAGAUAGAUAAAGGUGAUUUGGGUCUUUCCAUCCCACACAUCGACACAUCAAGUGAGAUAAAGCUGAUCAUAAAGGGAAAACAUAAACUUCAGGGCUCAGCUUAUUUGAAAAAAAGGAGUUCUCGAGGAGAUUCCCAAGAUGGAGAUUUGUGGCUUCCUAACGGAAAGACAACACAUCAGGAAAUUGUAUGUAAAUUGAAAAAUGCAAAGCACCGAGGAAAACAUUCAUGUAGACCUCUGGGCUCAGAUGAUACUUUGGCUAUUAAGGAUUUUCAAGGAUAUUCAAACUGUGAUGAAGAGAAUAUUGUUUUUCAUGGGGAUAUUGUGAGUUUGAGAACCGCAUCCUAUGAAAUGAUGAAUGAAAAGAGCAAGGAAAACCACACUAGUAAACAUCAAGCCUCAGAGUAUUCUCAAAGAGUUUCGCCUGGAGAUAAGAAGGAAGUUGGUCUUCCUAAUGGGAAUAUAGCACAUACAGAAACACCAAGAGAAAUAACAAGUUUAAUCAAGAGAAAACAUUCCAAUAAGCUUCAGCCGUCAGAGAACGAAUCCAAGGGAAAUGAUGAUGGACAUGAGCCAAAGAUCAAUGCUACUGGUGAUGUGAGGAAGUUGCCAGGUAAAAAUGCUCGUCUGAAGAAAGCCAAAAGAUUAUGGUAUCAGACAUUUGGCUCGAAGAUAGAAAAAAAGGUGCUAAGUAGAAGUGCUUAUCGGAAGAAAUUCAAAAGAUUUUUUUAUCGAAAAUUUGGUUCAAAGAAAACAAAAAAGUUGAUUAAGAAUGAAACUGAGAACGAAAUCGUAGAAGGUAACAACCAGGAAAAGCCACUAGAACAUGCAAAUGCUGAUCAGAAUAGUAAUGUGGACGAAGAAAUGGUUCCUGUUAUUAAUGAUGAAGAAAUAGUUCCUGUUAUUAAUGACGACGAAGAAAUAGUUCCUGUUAUAGUUCGGCCCGGUCACAUUCAUUUUGUGCCUUCUGAUAUGGUUAGUGCGUGGGCAGAUCAACCAGUGAAAACAUUUCAGUGGAAUGGGACAAUCAGCAAGAAGAAAGGAAUCAAAUGGGGUAGGCAGAAUACCUCUAAUAAAUGGAAUGAUGAUACUUCCAAUGCUACAGCAGCAGAGCUAGAUAAAGUUUCUAAUGAAGAUGCUACUGUUGAAAAUGUGGAUGUCUAUGGAAAGUCUAUUGUUAAUCAAGUAGAGGCUGUCAAAGAGUGUAAUGGAAAUUCUGUUGCUAAAGAAUUUGAAGAAGUUAAGGAGCUGUUAGAGUUUGAGAGCUUCCCACCCCUUGUUCGUCUUCCUGAGGAAGGUGAUGUACUGAUAUACCGCAUGGUUGAGCUAUCAUCUACUUGGUGCCCUGAGCUUUCCCCUUUUAGAGUUGGUAAGGUUUCAUCAUAUGACUGCGGCUCGUCAAAAGUUGUCCUGCUUCCACUUCCUGAAUAUCCCAUUACGUUGGAAGAGGUAUCAGAGGAAGGGCAAGAAAAUGGGAGCUCUUAUGAAGAAGACGGAACUCUAGCGGUUGAUUUCGCUUCUCUUUUGGAUGUGCGGUUGCUUGAAGCCACUGAAUCUAUAAAAACAACUCCCAGCACUAUUUCAGUAGAAGAAUUGCAGAAUGCUGUUCUUGUAAAUAAUCAGGAAAUGCAGACUUCUGCUCCAAGGAAUAGUCAGGAAUCGGUGUGCAGCAUUAGCAGCAACAGGAUUGAAAUCAGUUCCGAACAUACAGAGAAUCACCAGCUUAGUGAUGGCUGGGCGGCCAUAAACCAGGCGCUGGAGGAGAAGAAAUCUCAGCUUGAGAAGCAAAAUGACUCGGAUGAAAGAAACUCGAGCUUAACAGCCACGAAAACCGGGGCAUGGUCUUACAGAGCAAUGAGAAGGAAUGCUUUGGGUCCGACCUUAGCCAUGUUAAGAAGCAGUAGUGGUGAUUCUGACAAGUAAAUGAACAACUGUAGCUGUUACUUGUUUGUGCUUAUGGUAAAUUUUAUUCUAGUCAGUACUCGUUUCUGCUGGGAUUCAUAGUUAUUUUGAAUGCAUGAACAUGUUUCAUUGAUAUUUUGAAAGCUAAAUUUAUAGAAAACGAUUUCAAAAUUCCUUCCAA